UAGGAAAUCUGUCACAAGGGAAAUACUCAUCACCAAUACACGGAGUAAAGCGUCACAGAGCGUUUGUGUCUCAUAUCUGAGUUUUUGAUUUUUAGGUACCACACGGAGGAUUCGCUGAUAUAAACGAAGAAAAUGUCACAAAUGGAAAAACAUCUAUUCAACCUGAAAUUUGCUGCCAAAGAUUUAGAAAGAAAUGCUAAGAAAUGUGAGAAAAGUGAAAAAGAAGAAAAAGUCAAGUUAAAAAAGGCUAUACAGAAAGGAAAUAUGGAGGGUGCCAAAAUCCAUGCAGAAAACUCAAUACGACAAAAGAACCAAGCUUUGAAUUUCCGGCGAAUGAGUGCCCGGAUAGACGCUGUUUCUCAGAGAGUGCAGACAGCUGUGACAAUGAAACAGGUAACCUCCUCUAUGGCUGGAGUGGUCAAAUCUAUGGAAUCAGCAAUGAAGAGUAUGAAUUUAGAGAAGGUGUCUCAGUUAAUGGACCGCUUUGAGACUCAGUUUGAGAACCUAGAUGUGCAGUCUCAGGUGAUGGAGAACACGAUGAGUGCCUCGUCUACGCUGACAGCACCCCAGGGCCAAGUAGACAGUCUCAUGCAGGAGGUGGCAGAUGAGGCAGGGCUGGAGUUAAACAUGGAUCUUCCAUCAGCUCAGACAACCUCAAUAGGAGCAUCCACACAGUCAUCUCAAGCUUCUCAGGAACAGGACGAGUUAUCAAGCAGACUGGCCAAGUUGAGACAGUUGUAGGGUGAUAGAUAUAUUGCAGGAACCUAGACAGCCAUUGUUCACAAUUAGAUAUCUUAUAGUAACAGAAAUGACAUCAUAUGACAUGGUGUUGACAUGAGCUAUUUUUCUUUCAAUUAGCAAUGUUACAUACAGGGAAUAGUGUGUUGUUUUUUCACUGGAAAACUUCAACUUCUUAAUAAAACUGAUUUUAUUUUGAUAAUGACUGGUAACUUGUGUUUGCCAGGGAAGAAAGUUUGUUAUAUUAAAUUUAAUCAGUUAGGGAGAAUAGCCAUCUGUUAUUGAACAAAAUAAUUUGUUCCUCUUUCAUAAUAAUAAUAUGUCCGGUACCAACUGUACAUAACCUGUACAAGUGGAGGACAUCAGAAGUUAAGUCAGCGUCAUAGGCCGUUUUUCCACUUUAAGCCAGGGGUGUACUUUUCUAGGAACAAUCUAUUCCAAGAGGCCCUGGCAAAGUCUGUGGUAGAACAUGGUUUGCAUAUAGGGAGGUCACUUUAAAGUUCACUAGUAACUUGCCAAAGGUCAGUGGAUUACCACAGACACUCUGGUUUCUUGUACUCAUCAAAACAACGAUCAAGAAAUAUAUUCUUAAAAUAAACAAAGUUCAGAAGCAGUGGUAUAAUUUCUCCAAUGGAUUGCAAAAAUUUCGUUUCAAGGUCUGUCUAUGUAACAAAGUGUAUGGAUUGUUGUGUGUACAUGUAAGUUAUCCCCAGCAUUGAAAAUAUUACAUUGCCAUGAUUUACACGUGUUCAUACCACUCUGUACAUAUAGUCAAACAGCCACCAGGUGGUGCUUGGAUACUUUGACUUUGAACAACAUUCAUCUAUAUGUAGAGGUGCAGUUUCUAUCCCAACUUCAGACAAAGAAUUUGUUCAUGGGGCCUUGAUGACAGGAUGUGGUUGUUAACACAUGGUCUAACGUGGGAAAGUUCGUCACUACAAACACUGCUUUCCUCCACCCUUCAAUACUUCUGAAAGGUAUCAAACAGCUACCAAAUAAAUCACAUGAAUAUGUAUAUAGAAUUUGGUAGGAUUUGUCAUUAUACUUCUACACUAUGUAGAUGUGGAACUCUACAGGUGAUUAUAGAUAGAGAGUGUGAACAUUCUUUGUCAGGUCUUACAUUUUUUUGGGGGUGAGGACUUUCUUGUCAGAACAAUAUGAACACUGGUUAUAUCAUUUGGGAGUUCUCACAGCCAAAUUACAAGUUUUUUGAUCAAAUUAUUUUAAAAACCAACCUUGUUAUUCAUACCAUAUAUUAUCAGUUCUUUUGUAAAUUUUUUUUUUAGAUCUGUACAUACUGUUUAAUGAUAAGUUAUAUGUUUCAUCUGUAAUGCAUAUGUGGAUGACAAGUACAAAAACACUGUGUGUGUGCAUUAAAUUGCUACAUAAUGCACAUACUGAUGUUUUAGCUGCUUGAGUAUUCUAUUGACUAUGAUGGCGUGCAUUGAAGUGUGGCGGAUUCGUUUUAUUUUAUACUUGUAGCAGAAAGCGACCGCUUUCCAGGUUCAGUUCAUUUCACCUGUCUAUCUGCUUGUUUACUGGAAGACAAAUCAUCUUUUGUAAAGUUGAUAAAUUCUGUUUUAUAAUACUAAAUUAUAGGAUCUAUAGGGUCAAGCUGUAUUAUAGGCAUCCUGCUCCCUUGGUUAUGCUUACCUCUGAAUACAAGUGCAUUAAUUCCAACCAAAACCACAUGUUUUGGCAUAUAAGAGAAAGGUCAUAAAUGGAGAGUUUUUUUUUUUUUUUUUCAAAUUUCUAUGGUCAUGAGUGCCACUAUCUGAACUAUACAUUUUAGUCUUAAAAAUCUUAUAGAUUUUGUUUUUAAACCACACCAGAAGUUCUACUUAACUGGAUUUGUAGAGGGUUCAAGGCAUCUCUGUUUUUGUGUAUGCAGUAGUCAGUCAUCACCUUUACUUCACUUACAUUUACUACUUGUUUCUAGGUUAUCCUUGUUAUGUCAUAUGACUCAGACAAACAUAACCCACCUUGACCGGCAGUCUGAUAGAGACAGUCAGAAUCAUUACUGAUCGGCUCCUCUGUCAGAUACAGUGUAAAUAGGUUUAGGUGUAAAAUACCACACCCUUGUGCACCUAUGUCAGGUGUGAGAAAGAUUUCUUUUCUACUAUUUCCAAUGUAAGCUUAUCAUCAAGGUUUCAGUAAUAUUACACACAAUGAAUGUGUUCUUUACAGUAUCAUCAUAGUAAAUUGUACCAUAAAUAAUGUUUAAGGCAUAUUUUUAAUUGUUUUAUGUCCACUUUGUAUUAAUGUAUAAUAAACAGAGUACGUACAUAUGAAAUGAUUGUGUUUUUAUAAAAAUGAAUUGAUGUUUGUUUAUUAUCUUUUUUGCCCCAAAUA